AUGCAUCAACACAUUCUUCCCAUGUUCUUGAUGCCUGACAUGCCUAUGUUCUGCGUCAGAAAUUGUGGCUGUCGUCAUCCUGAUCGUGCUCAUUGCUUCUCAUGCCACAAAACAAGUGAAAAAUAUAAGAUUAAGCACAAGGAUGACAUGUGCUGUGAAAGCGAAGUUUCUCUCGAAUACCUUUUUGUAAUCGAUUUUGAAUGCACUUGCGAUGAAGAAAAGCGUCUUAAAAUACAAGAAAUCAUUGAAUUUCCUAUUGUUGUUAUCGACCUUCGUAAAAAGGAAAUCAUAGAUCGUUUCCAUUCAUUUGUUCGUCCUACUCAGUACCCUAUUCUAACUCCUUUCUGCACUAAGCUUACUGGAAUCACACAAGAAUAAGUUGACUCAGCUCCUACUCUCCCUGAAGUAUUGAAAGAAGUCGAUCGCUUCUUGGAAAAGUACAUCAAGGAUGGAUUACAAAAAGUUUCAGUCUUAAACGACUGCGACUCUGAUAUUCGUAAUUUCCUUCGUAAAGAAACCACAUUCAAAGGUAUUCCAGUCAAACCUGUUUUUAAAGAAUUCAUCGAUCUUCGUCGUAUAUUUCCUGUUAAGAUAUCAGAAAAACCUACAAACAUCGACCACAUGCUUUCUUGUGUGGGGUUAACCUUUGAAGGAGUGAAACAUUGUGGUUUAGAUGAUGCAACAAAUAUUGCCAGAGUUGCUUUAGAAAUUGCUAAAAGAGAUUACAUCUACACUGAACAUCUUAAGGAACACAUGUAUCCCUAUGAUAACCCUCACUACUAUGAGCAUUUGGUAAUCAUAGCAACCUAACCUAAAAUGAAAAAUAACGUAGAAAUUGCUAUGAUAGCCCAUGAUUUAAGAAAGGGAAAGACUCUUUGGAAUAAUCUAGGAAAUAAGAGUGUCAAGAAAUAAGAAAUGAAAAAGGAGCUCUUCGAAUUCUUAGAUAAAGUUGGAAUUGACAUCAAUAACUCUAUUUUGUGUGUUCAAGGUAAGCUUGAAAACGAAGUUCGUGCAUUCUUCCAAACUUCUGAAAAUCAACCAAUGAAGAAUGAAGGUAACACUAACUUGUUUAUGAGUGGAAACUUAACAGAUAGUACAUCUUCUACUUGUUCUUCUUCUUCAUCAUCACCUUCUUAAUAAUGUUAAAGCACUUCUACAAAUUGCCUCACAAGCUCUAACAUCUCCUCCAUAAACAACUCUGCAUCUUCUAACUAGCAACAGCCCCAAUCACCAUACUAAUCAUCUUCAUUUAACAAUUUCUUUACUACCUACUUCUCCCUUAACAAAAUAAGCAAAAUUGCAGGCAUACCACUCGCUGGAAAUUAAUUCAUUUAACACCCUACCUACUCAUAAAGAUACUAGCGCAACAGAAAUGUGUACUAGCCUUACCCAUUCUAAAUGAAUGGAUAAUACUAUCCAAUUGACUAGUCAUUCAUGAGUGGAUGCAAUAAUCCAUUUUAAACUUAAUUUGCAAAAAACUAAUAAAAUUUUGCAGAUUUAAAUUAAGCAAACAAUGAAAACUUGACUAAAUGGUGGAAUGGUAUUAAAGAUACUACCUCCCCUGUUACUAGAAUUACUACCAUGUGUAACACAGUAGAGACAGCUCUUCAAAAUGGUUUUAUCUUCACCAAGGACUUCGCCUCCACAAUCCAAUUCAAGAGAGCCUUAUCUAAAAUGUGA